ACAUUCUGUAUCACAUAUACAUACUUACCCUUUUAAAAUUGUGCAGGUGACUUUUAUAUACAUACCCUUUAUACAGAUCAACGUUGGGAGUCCUUAGUGGGCUGUGUUGGGCCAAAUAGCCUUUCAGCUGCCCAUUUAAAAGCACUGUAUGAGCCAGGCUACAUACCAGAUGUGGUAAUGGAUGCUCUCAUGAGUAUCACCUGCAAGAAAUUCAAGGAUGUGUACAAUAUUUGUACACAAUCCAUGACUAAGAUUCUGUCUGGAUCGCAGAGGGUUAAAAGCCACUACUUCUGCAAGAAAGACCUAUUUAAAACCUACACUGAAGUUAUUGGUGCCCUCCUGGAAAAUGAAAAUCACUGGACCCUUUUUUUCUGUGACCUCACAAAACAAGAAGUCACAUACAUGGAUCCAUUUGGUGAAGCCAAUGGAAAGAAAAACGAGAUUCUGAAGAAUUGGAGUUAUUUUGCCAAAGCUAAAGGAUGUGCCCUAAAAUGGACAAGGAAUGAUGUGCCCCACCCCCGACAAGAGGAUGGACAUUCUUGUGGGGUCCAUGUGCUAAUGUUUGCUCAGGCCCUGCUUGAGGGAAAAGGUUUCGUGGAUGGAUAUGCCUCCGUGGAUAUACCCCAGCUGAGGGCACAGUUCUGCAACAUUCUGUUUUCCUCUUUAGAUAGAGGAGUAAAGUGCACAGUGUGCUGGAGUGUCCUGAUGAAAGAGAAGGGGCGCAAAAAAAAUCUCCCUGAAUUAGUCCUCAAUCUUCCCAAGAAAAUGAAGACUAAGACAAGCAUUUUUAGUGCACUAACAGAGGGCGAGGCUUCAGACCUUGCCACUGGUUUAACUAAAAGCCUGUGUCAAAAUGUCAGCCCAAAGUUGGUACGUAAAGACAUAAGUGACCACAAUGCAGAAGUGACCAGGACAACUCUGGCUAGUGUACGUGCCAACUUGCAAUCAAGCCUGGAUUCUAGAUCAGCUUUCAGUUUAUUAACCCACACAUUUGGUCCACAAGCAGUGGAUGGAGUGUUAGGCUUCAUCUCAGAGAGUCUAAAAUGAAAGCAGAACAAAUACAUUUCAAAUG